AUGACGACAAGGCAGAUGAUUGUCACGUUACUGCGAAAAUUCCGAGUCGCCGACAAUCCUCGCAAAUUCGCUUUGUACGAGUGUGCCCACGAGAACGACGAGGAAACGUGCACCUUGCUGAGUGAGUUCACUUCUUGCAAUAUUGAAUUGUUUUUUUGCCUCCGCGUUCACAAGGACUUCACUAAAAUCGUUUCAAUCCCAUAUUUCCGCCCUUUGCAACGUUCUGGGAAAUGGAACUCAACAUUACCGCGCUUCACGCCAAUGUCAUAA